AUGGCGACCGCGACCGCUGGCGUCAUCAACCGGCCGCGUGACCCCAACACGCUGGCCAACUACAACAACUGGCGCACGGUGCACACCGCAACCACGCUGGACAUCUUGUUCGACCAGCAGAAGCUGCAGGGCAGUGUGACGCACAGCAUUCAAUCCAUCACCGACGGAGAGAGCGACGAGAUCUUGCUCGACUCCAGUCAUGUCCAGAUCCACCGCGUCACCGCUGAUGGGAAACAGGUCCCCUGGGAGAUCGUGCAACGGGUCGAGCCCUACGGGAGUCCCCUCAAGAUCAAGCUCGAACGGAAGGUGAAGCUGAACGAAAAGGUUGAGGUGCACAUCGACCUCGAAACGACCGCUUUAUGCACCGCUCUCCAAUGGCUGACCCCGGCGCAAACCUCCAACAAGAAGCAUCCCUACAUGUUCUCACAAUGUCAGGCGAUCCACGCGCGGUCCAUUUUCCCGUGUCAAGACACUCCCGAUGUCAAAGCCACCUACGACUUCGCCAUCAAGUCACCGUUGCCGGUCAUCGCGUCCGGGAUCGGCGCAGAGGACAAUCCCACGGCGCCCUCCACGGACGGCAGCGCUCAGCUGUACAAGUUCCACCAGGGCGUCCCGAUUCCGUCGUACCUCUUCGCUUUGGCGAGCGGGGAUAUUGCGACAGCGAAGAUCGGACCGCGGAGCGUGGUGGCCACCGGCCCGGACGAGCUCCAGGAGUGCCAGUGGGAACUGGAAGCGGACACGGAGAAGUUUCUGCAAGCGGCCGAGUCGUUGGUGUACCCGUAUGCGUGGGGCCAGUAUAACGUGCUGGUUCUGCCGCCGUCGUUCCCCUACGGGGGCAUGGAGAACCCGGUCUACACGUUUGCCACGCCGACCAUCAUCUCCGGCGACCGGGAAAACGUAGACGUGGUGGCCCACGAGCUGUCGCACUCGUGGUCGGGCAAUCUGGUCUCGAACGCGUCCUGGGAGCACUUUUGGCUCAAUGAGGGCUGGACGACGUACCUGGAGCGGCGGAUUCAGGCCGCCGUACACGGCGGCGAUCAGUGGCGUGACUUCAGCGCCAUCAUCGGAUGGAAGGCGCUCAGCGACUCGAUCGAGCAGUUUGGCGAGCAGCACGAAUUCACCAAGCUGGUCAUUGACCUGAAGGGCCAGGACCCGGACGACGCGUUCUCGAGCAUCCCCUACGAAAAGGGAUUCAAUUUCCUGUACUACAUCGAGAAGCUCAUUUCCAAAUCCAAGUUUGACCAGUUCAUCCCACACUACUUCGAGACGUGGCGCGGCAAGUCGCUCGACAGCUACGACUUCAAGGCCACUCUGCUGGACUUUUUCCAAUCCGACUCAGACGUCUCGGCCAAGCUGGCCACCAUCGACUGGGAUGCCUGGUUCUACAAGCCCGGGUACCCGCCCCGGCCCAACUUCGACACCAGUCUCGUCGACGUCGCGUACCAGCUGGCCGACCGAUGGCAGAAGUUGACGCCGCAUGGGGCGGCGCCCGAUGCCAGCUUCCAGCCGUCGCGGUCCGACAUUGCCGGCUGGUCGGCGAACCAGGUGGUGGUGUUCCUGGAGCGUGUGGUGGCGUUCGACAGGCCACUCCCCGUGGAACAUGCAACUCGCAUGGGAGACAUCUAUGACCUCAAGGAGACGCGCAACGUCGAGGUCUCGAGCCGGUACUACCAAAUCGCGAUGCGCAGCGGCGACUCGUCCAUCCGGCCCUUUGUGGCCAAGCUGCUGGGCCAGGUCGGACGCAUGAAGUUCGUUCGUCCGCUGUACCGUGGGCUGAUCAAGCUCGACUACGAGUUGGCCGUGCAGACGUUUGAGAAGAACAAGGAUUUCUAUCACCCCAUCUGUCGCGGGCUGGUGGCCAAGGAUCUGUUCGGGAGCAAGGACGAGGGCGCGAAGCAAGGAUGA